AUGAUGAAACUUACAUCAGCAAGUCAACCUGAUUCAAACUUACCAGUAACAAGCCCAAUUAAUAUUAAGAAUGAAGAAAGUUCAAACAAUCAUAAUGAUUCAUUUGAUAGUAGUCAAACCAUUGACGUUGAGCCAGAUCAACCAGAACAAAAACAAAAAACAAUCAACCAUCAAAUCAAAACAAGAUGUUUUGAAAUACUUCAUCAUCAUAUCCACUGGUGA